AUUCGUAAACUUCUGUUAUGGUGCUCUAAAAUAUUGAACAUACAAUUCAAUUCAAAUAAUAGUGCACAAAAUGUGGAUUAAUUCAUAUUGCUUAUACUUUGCAAUUUUCGGAUUAUCUUGGAUUAAAAGUGCCGCAAAUGGAGCGAUACUGGACUCCAGAUGUUAUUUAGAGGGCGGCGGUUCAGCUGAGAGUUUUCUUGCCACAGAGGAUUUAGCCGUGGGCUCUAUCAUUGGCAAGUUGCGUAUUAAUGGCGAUCCCAAUGCGGAUACCGGUGACAUAAGUCUCUCGUUGAGGGAGAAGAGUGCACCUGUUGAGAUUGUGGCGGGCACCAAAGACUUGGCUCUCUCCGUUGAGCUGGAUAAGGAGGGUCUAAGAGGUCCCUCCUCCAUCUAUGUGAAUGUCAUCUGUGUGCGAAGGCGUUCAACGGAUCCGAGCUUCGUCAUUCCCGUCAAUGUUCGCGUCACGGAUGUCAAUGAUAAUGCACCGCAAUGGAUUGGCACACCAUAUACGCUGACCCUAUCCGAGGUAACGGUGCCGGGCACACGCAUACUGCAGGGUGCUCGGGCUGAGGAUGCGGAUCAGCCGGGACCCUUCUCCACCGUCGAGUACCAGGUACUGCCCGGCCCCUAUGCGGACCUGGUGCAGUUCCUCAAUCCGCUUGAGGGCACCUUGGUUCUAAAGAAGGCACUGGACUACGAGCAGCUGCAGAACUUUACGGUCAAGCUGCGUGCCCAGGAUCAGGGCACUCCGCCACGACACUCGGACACGCUGCUGCGUGUGGUCAUCACCGAUGCGGACGAUCAGAAUCCCAAGUUUCAGCGGGAAUCCUAUAGCGCCGAAUUGCCUGCCGAUGGACGUGCCGGCGAGUUGCGCAUGCGUCCGGAGCCCCUUAAGGCCGUCGACCAGGACGAGGGCAUCUGUGCACCCAUUCAAUACACCAUUGUGCAAUCCCAGGACGCCAAAUACUUUCGUGUACAUCCGCACAAUGGAGUCAUAACGCUGCUCACGCCAAUUGGCUAUGCGGAUCUGACACACGGCGCCACCUUGGUGGUGAAGGCCACCCAGAUCGACAACCCGGAUCGUUAUGCUCUGACCACUGUGCAGCUGACACGACCCGGCACCCACAGCGAUCUCAGCAGCCUUACCUUUGUCCAGAAGCGUUUCGUCAUGCGCAUCCGUGAGGACACAGCUGUGGGCAAUCGCAUCCUGGCUCUGCCCACCAAUAAGCCCGGCAAACAUCUGAAGUACACCAUUGCGGAUCCCAUCAAUUCGCAGUUCUUUAGCGUGGGAUCAUUGGGUGAACUGGUGCUGGCGAAGCCACUGGACUAUGAGAAGAUGACCAAGCACGAGUUCCAAGUGAUUGCCAGCGAUGGCCUGACCAACAGCACCACGGCUGAGGUCACACUGGAGGUGAUUGAUGUGAACGAUUGGGAGCCCCGCUUCCGGGAAACUCACUACGAGUUUAUGGUGCCCAAGAGCCAGUCGCUGCAAUCCCGCACCGACUCCUUUGAGGGCGUGCUGAUUGGGAAGGUGGAGGCGGCCGACGGGGAUCGCAAUGACAAACUGGAGCUGUCACUGCGGGGACAGCAUGCGGGACUAUUUGAGAUCGAUGCCACGGGCAACAUAUACAUGCGACCGGAGCAGCUGCAAAGCCUGAAUGACUCCACAGUGCAUCUUAUUGCCAUUGCCACGGACUCGGGAGUGCCGCCGAGGAGCACCUCCGUGCCGGUGAGCGUCACCAUGGAGGGUCUAACCUUGGCACAGUCCACCUGGAACCACAGCAUGCUGGGCAUGUUUGGGAUGAUCGUGGGCCUGUUCCUGCUGAUCAUCAUGGCGCUCAGCUGCUACAUUGUGCGCUCCAAGAAGCAGCGCAAGGGCAGCUCGGGUGGCCUCAGCCUGGGACGCAAUCGUGUGCACAGCCAGGCACAUAGUAGUGUCUCCUCCGCGAAUCUGGUGACACACGAGAAGCUGGCGGGCAAUGGCAAUGGGGCCAGCGUAACCAGCGGAGGCGUCUCCGUGCUCCAUAUGAAGCAUGCCGCCGGCAACAUGACCCUGUCGAAUCCCAUCAACAAUGGGCUACACCAUGUGGGCAGUGGUGCCAGCAGUAGCAUGGCCCUUGGCAAUGCCGCCAACUUGCUGGAGCGGGAACGUGAUCGGGAGCGGGAACGACAACGGGAAAGCUAUGCGGCCACGGUGCGCAGCAUCGUAUCCCGCGCCUCUGCCAACGGGCAGCUCUACGAGGAGGAUGAAAUCGAGCACGACUCCCUCUCGCAGCACGAUCCACAGCUGCAGCAGACGACGCCGGAGAACAAUAACCGUAAGACGAUAGCUGGCAGUGCUGCUGCCGCCGGAGGCAUCACAACCAUUACAACGACGUCCAAUGGCAGUGCAGCUGGUGCUCCUUCCAAUCUUCAGACCGCCUCCGAUACGAUGGGAUCCUCCGAAAACAAUCUGACUGUCUAUUUUUAGAUCGAUCUAUCGUCGAUUUAAUCCUGUAAAUAUUGCUGGAACAGCAGCUAGAGUACAGUUGAACCUCAAUACAACGAACUUACUAGGAAUACAAAUAUAAAAUUUAAGAAAAAGUUUCUUAUCAAAAAAAAAAAGCACGUUCGUUAUGGAGAAGUUCGACUGUAAUAGGUCUAAGUCAGAGUCGUAUUUAGGUUAUAGGCCCACUGUACAUGUAGUAGACCAAAUAUAGCAUUGUAAACAUCCAGCACCCGUAGACCUAAGCAAGCGAAUUCCAUUGUAAAAUUUUGCUUCCCACUUUUUACGAUACUUAAGAAUAAACUCUAUUAAACUAAACU